AGGGCUGGUGGAGGCAGCAGCUUGGUCCUGCUCCAGUGGGUUGUCCAGCCUGUGAUUCCCGUUUCCCCUCAGGCUGCCUCUCAUUAGCAUGGAUCGGGGGAAGGGCAUAAAAGGCUCCAGCUCAUUUUGAGUCUGGAAAAACUUCACUUCAAAAUGACAACCCAAGUGUUCUGGCUCCUCUGCUUUGCCAUUAGAUCAUCUUCUGGAUCCCUGCUCUAUGCUGAGAAACCCGGCCAGGCUCUGAGCAAAGAUGUUUUCAGUGCCGCAGCUGAGGUUCGGGUGAAGGAGCCAGCGCGGGGCACGGGCAGUGCCAGCGGGGAUGCCAGGGAAGGGCGGCUCUCGGGAAUGCCCCCCGGGACGGUGACAAGGAGAAGCUGUGUCAGAGCGAGUGCAGGAAGGAGCGGGAUGAAGGGGAGGCUUUCUGUGCCAGCGAGUUCGCAGCAGUGAAUGGAAUUGUUUAUAACCUGGAGAGCCUGGGCCAUGGGGUGCAGUGGGUCACCCUGCUGGUGGACACUGAUGGACUGUACAGGAUGAGCCGCCUCUAUGUCACCCCUGACGCCGCCUUCUUCCGAGUUCACAUCCUGCUUGUGGAUACUCUGAACUGCAGCAAACCAUGCCCAGACUUUAAACUUGGCAGCCGCUACAUCGUCAUGGGGCACAUCCACCACAAGCGCCGCCAGGUGCCCCCCGAGCUGCUGCCGGCCCUGAGGGGGAGGCUGCGGCCCGGGGACGGCUGGCUCGGCAGCGGCAGCGGCUUCGUGAGGAGAUUCAACAGGAAAAGGGAUCUCAGGGUGAGGGCAGCGCGCUCCAGGUGUCCCUGAGGCUCCGUCCGGGACGGGGGAGCAGCGGGAUCCGCCCUCGGAGCGCCCCCGGCCGCGGGCAGCGCUCCCGCCUGGAGCCUCGGCAAACACCGGGGGCCUCGGGCAGGCACCCCCGGCCAGGCUCGGCGCAGAAUUCGCUCCAGGGAAUGUGAACCGGCCGGGAAUUUGCUCCAGCUGCUUGCAGAGCCACAGGUUAUUGUUGCUUCCCCUGCUGCAGAGUGCCCCGAAUAAUCUGUAGUAACUGUAAUGCAAAAUUCUGGCAGUUUCGUGCUCGGUACACAACAACUGCACUUUGAACCCUUCACCUUGAACACAUUAGAUGAUACCACAGCUUUAUCUACACAGGAUGUUCACUGUGCUUUCACAGUUCUGCCUAAUGCACUUGAUUUCAGAGAAACCAACACCACUGAGUACCAUUUGUAUUAUUUUUGUCUCCUCAACCAUGUCCAUGGUAUUUCUGAAAAUUACACCACUCUUCCAGCAGAGCUGGAUGUUCACACAAAGCAUAGAGUGUAAUAAUUUGAGUAUAUGAACACUGACUGAAAGCAAAUCAAGAACUGCAAAUGCCCAGUUGCAUUUACAAGUGAUGGUGCAGGGAAUGCAAAAUGAGCAUUCAUUUUGUGCACACACUGGGUGUGCCAGGGCACUUUGUCCCAGAGCUGUGCUGAAUGCCAUUCCCCAGGAGAAAUAUUGCCAAGCUUGUACUUGCACAAGAGUAAAGUUACUUUUAAAAUCAAACAGACAAUAUUUUAUUACCUUUAGUGUGCUGAAAUUGAGAUGUUUGUUGUUCCCAGUCAGUAUUCACAAAUAAUAAGUCUGUAAAAGAAACUAAUAAAAUGCUCAUGAGGUUCUGCUUUCA